AUGGGAUUCCUCUUCCCUCUCACGUGGACUCUGAGGCCGGGCACUUGCACUUCCGCCGGGUCAGCCGCAGCGAUGCUGGAAAUUACACUUGUACUGCUUCCAACAGCCAGCAGGGGGAGAUAAAGGCGUCUGUGACCCUGGUUGUGGCAGUCUACAUCAGCUUCAAUGUGAUCCCCGAGAACACGACCGUCUACCAGGGCCAUACGGCGACGCUGCACUGUCAGGCCAAAGGGGACCCCAUCCCGCACGUCCAGUGGAGAGGACGGGAAGGCAUGCUGGACGCCACCAAUGCUCACAGCCGGGUCCAGAUUAUGCCAAACGGAUCCCUGGUGAUCUAUCACGUAUCCAGCGAGGACUCUGGGAAAUAUACGUGUAUUGCUGGAAACGUGUGCAACAUCCAGCACCGCGAUUGUUUCCUCUACGUUGUAGAUAAGCCCAGUGUUCGGGAGGCUCCCGAUUCCAGCGCUCCGUAUAAGAUGAUCCAGACGAUCGGGCUGUCGGUGGGGGCGGCGGUGGCGUACAUCAUCAUCGUCCUGGGGCUCAUGUUCUACUGCAAGAAAAGACGGAAAGCCAGAAGAUUGGGCAAGAACGAGGGGGAGGAGCCAGAGAUGGAGUGUCUGAAUGGGGGCGCUACACUACAGAACGGGCAGGUGGCGGCAGAAAUCCCGGAGGAGGUUCCUCUCACCACUCUGGGGAAUAAGAGGAUGAGCUCCGGAGACAAGAUGACCUUCCCCCGUGGCAGCCUGCACCCCAUCACCACGUUGGGUCGUGGGGAGUUCGGGGAGGUUUUCUUGGCAAAGGCUCAGGGCAUCGACUCCGGCUCGAAGGACGCGGUGGUUAUGGUGAAGGCGCUACAGACCCGCGACGAGCAGCUGCAGAUGGACUUCAGGCGGAAGCUGGACAUGUUCUCCAAACUCAAUCACCACAAUGUGGUGCGACUGCUCGGUCAGUGCUGCGAGAUGGAACCGCACUACAUGAUCCUGGAAUACGUGGACCUGGGAGACCUGAAACAAUUCCUGAGAAUCUCCAAGAGCAAAGACGACAAGAUGAAGCCUCUGAGCACCAAACAGAAGGUGGCGCUGUGUUCUCAGGUGGCUCUGGGCAUGGAGCAUCUCUCCAACCAUCGCUUUGUACAUAAAGACUUGGCAGCACGAAACUGUCUGGUGAGCGCCCAGCGAGUGGUGAAAGUGUCCGCCCUGGGGCUGAACAAAGACGUCUACAACAGUGAAUACUACCACCUGCGCCAGGCCUGGGUACCGCUGCGCUGGAUGCCUCCUGAGGCCGUGCAAGAUGACGACUUCUCCACCAAAUCAGACGUCUGGUCUUUCGGGAUUUUAAUGUGGGAGGUCUUCACCCUGGGAGAGAUGCCGUACACGGACAUGGCGGAUGACCAAGUUCUCGCCGGUUUACAGGGUGGAUCCCUGAAGCUGUCGUCUCCGGAGAACUGCUCCUCACGUUACUACAAGCUGAUGCAGCGCUGCUGGGCCUCCAGCCCCAAAGACCGCCCCUCCUUCAGCGACAUUGCCAACACGCUGGGAGACUCCUCCUCCUCCUCCGCUGCUGACAGCAAGAUGUGAGGCCACAGGGUGAGGGCAGACACCAGGGACAAACACAGAAUCUGCCUCAGGGAGGGCCAGCCCCGACCGGACAUUGUACACUACAGCAGCCAUGUGUGGCUGUGACUGGUGCUGACAUUAUGGACCUUGGGGGAGGGACUUCCCUCAAUACACCUCGGGGGAGGGGCUUCCCUCCAUAACAAAGCACAAUGCAGCUGCCGCCGCCGUCCUCCAUGUAUGUAUGUAUGUACGUACGGCGGUCAGUAAUGUUACACGUCUUCUAGGAACAUAUUUAUUCACAGAUUAAUGUAUAACUUCACGUGUCGGUACGAGCUGAAGCCACCUCAGGGGCACGGGGGCCAGAUUCACUGAGAUGGGGCCCAAUUACUUCAGGAGGGGUCUGUCCAGGCUCCGGUGAGGGGGAUGUCCGUAUUCGUAGUUCUCACUGCUCAGCGUUAGGCUGCAGAAUUAAGUGCCUAAAGGGCUUGUCACAUGGGUGGUGUCACAUGGCACCCACUGCGCAUUGAGCGCCCCUAUACACCGCAGCCUUUGGGGGGGAUGCUCAAUCACACUACAAUGGGGCACGUAGCCUUAAUCUACCUGUGUGACACGACUCACAACAAAAAGGGACGUGCAGCCAACUAAACACUAAUGUGACUGACUGGUCCUGCCAAGGGACCAUGAUUCUUGGCUCCAGGCCUGUACCAAGGGACCACCUGUCCUUGGUCUCGAUCUAUGCUGAGGGACCACCAGUUCUGCACCUAGGUCAUGGCAGCGGGACCACCAGUCCUGGGUCUAGGUCAUAGCCGAGGGAUCACCAGUCCUGGUCUAGGUUAUUGCUGAGGGACCACCUGUUCUAGGUCAUAGCCGAGGGACCACCGGUCCUGGUUCUAGGUCAUGGCCGAGGGACCACAGGUCCUGGGUCUAGGUCAUGGCUGAGGGACCACCGGUCCUGGGUCUAGGUCAUGGCCGAGGGACCACCGGUCCUGGGUCUAGGUCAUGGCCGAGGGACCACCGGUCCUUGGUCUAGGUCAUGGCCGAGGGACCAGCGGUGCUGGGUCUAGGUCACGGCCGAGGGACCAGCGGUCCUGGGUCUAGGUCAUGGCCGAGGGACCAGCGGUCCUGGGUCUAGGUCAUGGCCGAGGGACCAGCGGUCCUGGGUCUAGGUCAUGGCCGAGGGACCACCGGUGCUGGGUCUAGGUCAUGGCCGAGGGACCACCGGUCCUGGGUCUAGGUUAUUUCUGAUUGACUACCAGUUGUAUCCUGGUCCGAGCUGAGGAGACCCCCAGUCCUAGCUCCUGGUCACCCGUCCUGAGCGGACCCCGUUGACCCUGAGGUGGGCUUCUCGGUUGUUUUGUUGCUUGUUUUGUUUUUGUAGCGUCUUCCAUGUAACCCCCGCACCUCACACUAAGUGCCUGUGUAAUGAAGGAUUCUCGGGCCCUCAGACGUACACGCUCCGCGCUGGAUCGGUUCUUUUGAGUUUUUUACAGAUUUGUUUUUUAUACGUUUGGUUACAAAUUGUAGAUUUGUUUUUUAUAUUUUUGGGCCAUUUUAUCGCUCAAUCUGCUGGUUUGUUUUUUUUAUUUUGAAGUUUUUCUUAAACCGAUGCACCUGAGAUGAUAA